CACGUGCUUUGUCAGCCACUCUGCUCCGCCAUCGUCCCGUCGAGCUUGGCUGAGCUGUGGCUACACGGAAAGCUUCAGAAAGUGGAAAAGAUGGCCGCGGAUCCUCUUUCUGUGUCCUCUAACGCGUCCACCAACAACGAUGGCAUCCUCAUCGGUGAUAAAGUGUACUCGGAGGUGUUCCUGACCAUCGAUAACUCGCUGAUCCCGGAGGAGCGGCUCUCGCCGACGCCGUCGAUGCUCGACGGCCUCGACCUGAACGCGGAGACCGACCUGCGCAUCCUGGGCUGCGAGCUCAUCCAGUCCGCGGGGAUCCUCCUCCGCCUGCCCCAGGUGGCCAUGGCGACGGGGCAGGUGCUCUUCCACCGGUUUUUCUACUCCAAGUCCUUCGUGAAGCACAGCUUCGAGAUUGUUGCUAUGGCUUGCAUUAACCUGGCCUCCAAGAUUGAAGAAGCCCCAAGGCGAAUACGAGAUGUCAUCAAUGUUUUCCAUCACCUGAGACAGAUAAGAGGCAAAAAGACUCCAAGUCCAUUGAUACUUGAUCAGAACUACAUUAAUACCAAAAACCAAGUCAUCAAAGCAGAGCGGCGGAUCUUGAAGGAGCUGGGCUUCUGUGUGCAUGUCAAGCAUCCACACAAGAUCAUCGUCAUGUAUCUUCAAGUCCUGGAAUGUGAAAAGAACCAGACUCUUGUACAGACGGCCUGGAACUACAUGAAUGACAGCUUGAGGACAAACGUGUUCGUGAGGUUCCAAGCCGAGACCAUCGCCUGUGCCUGUAUAUACCUUGCUGCCCGAGCUCUGCAGAUACCUCUGCCAUCCAGACCUCACUGGUACCUGCUUUUUGGAGCAAGUGAGGAUGAGCUUAAAGAGAUCUGCAUCACCACCCUUAAACUGUACACCAGGAAGAAACCCAACUAUGAUCAGCUGGAGAAGGAGGUGGAGCGACGGAAGGUUUUCUUAGCAGAGGCUAAGCUGAAAGCCAAGGGCCUGAACCCUGACGGUACUCCUGCACUUUCCACACUGGGUGGUUUCUCUCCUGCUUCCAAGCCUUGCUCCCCAGUGGUCAAAGCAGAAGAGAAGUCCCCGAACCCCCAGACCGUUAAACCGGUGAAGAAGGAGCCGGACAGCCGAACUCAGGUCAAUAAGAGUCCACACAAUGGGCUAAGGAAAGAGGUUAAGAUUGGAAGGAACAGUAGGAGUGGAAGUCGUUCUCGUUCAAGAACACGGUCGCGGUCUCGAUCCCGCUCCCCUCGCAGACAUUACAACAGCAGACGCAGUCGCUCAGGGACCUACAGCUCUCGUUCGCGCUCCCGCUCUCACAGUCGCAGCCCGUCGCCUCGGCGGCAUCCGCCCUCACCGCUCCUUCCCCACCUCAAGUCAAAGUCCAGCCACCACGGAAACAGCGACUCGAAGCCCAGCGGACGUCACAGCAACAGCGGAGGCGGAGGCUCAGGUCACAAGAGGAAGCGCACGCGCUCUCGGUCGCGCUCCCGCACCCCCGUGAAAGUGGACAGGGACAGAGAGAGGGAAAGGGAGAGAGACAGAGACCGCAGCUCCUUUGAUCUAUCUACAAAGAAACACAAACAUGAGAGAGGAGUGGGACAUCGAGACAGAAGGGAGAGGUCUCGGUCCUACGACAGGGACAGGGAGAGAGACAGAGACAGGGAGCGUAGCCACAAGAGCAAACACCACAGCAGCAGUGGCCACUCAGGACACAGCCGUCACCGGCGCUGAGACACCUGCAGGCCAGGUAUAAGGCAGAUGAUGACCGGAGUCAUGUUAGCAGAUGAAAGCAAGCAGGAUUAAACUAAGAAUUUAGAAGUAAACGACACAUUUGUCAUACUAGACUGUCAAAGAAUUGGCAGAAAACUUCAACAUAUGAAGCAUUGACUGCAGCCAAAAAGCACUUCUGCCUCGACUGAGAAAACACCUCCAGAGAGAGAUCAUGUUUUGUUUUUUUGGUGAUUUAUGGUGUAAUUUCUGCAUAAUUAGAGCCUGGGUUUCUCAGAUGCAUUCUUACAUGAACCUAAAAUAAAAAGAGGAAAUUAAUACUUCAUCUAGUUUCUAAUUCUGAUACAAUAUCAGCAACACUUGUGACCCAAAGAAAGCUCUUUAACUGGGAAAACACUUGAAACUUCUGAAUCCUACGUAGCUUCUGCAUGCAUCAAUAUGUUGGUGAUUGAAUAUCCGUCGCUUGAACUUCAUCUCCUGAGCAUCAAACCAGUAGCGAUGUCGAGCAGAGGUGGCUCAUGGCGAUGCAUCUGAGAGACCCACCGUGCAGCGGUGAUUACUAUGAUGAAGUCUGCUGCUUCACCUGCUGAGGUGACUCCAAACCUGUAAGACAAGGAAGUGUAAUAAUGCCCCCAGGUCUGUCAUCGUCUUUUCAUGUGAUAUAUCCCGCUCCUCGACACAUACACCUAUGAACAUCUAGCCUACUCUUGUGUUCUUGGUUUAAUGUGUAAGAUUACAGACUUUUUGAAAGGAAAAAACAUAUUUACAGUGUAAAGGAUUGAUAUCCACUGACAAUGUAAAUGCUUUGAUUUAUAAAAGCGAACUGUUAAGUGGAAAGAUUGAAUGAGUAAAUGUUUGAAGAAAAAAAAUCAUUCAGGAACGAUCAAUAUGUUUGCACAUUACCAGGCUGACAGGUGUUUUCUGUUUCUUUUUUAUUGGACAGAUUUGUUGCGUAUAUAAGUAAUGCUUUUGUUUUUCUUAUUUUCUUUUCCUUUCAGCAGGGAAAGCAGACUUGAUUCAAAACUGUUUUAGGGUUGGCAAUUUGUUACACUGGUUUUUAGUCUGCACGUCAUGUCCAAAUUUUAUUCAUAAAUAAAUGAGUUACGCCA